CCACUUAAGUCAUACUUCUCUUUUUUAGGCUUAAAUACAAAGUGAAAAAGAAUGUCAAUAGUCACAGUUCAGCUUGGUCAGUGUGGGAAUCAGAUUGGUCAUGAGGUCUUUAACGCUAUCUGCAGCGAUGUCCACAACACACACGGGUUGUGUUCCAAGAAGGAGAAUGAAUCCUACUGUGAUGCUUGCAAAGAACGUUUUUUCUGCGAGGAGCAAUCUGAAGUACCUGUUGCUCGGGCUGUGCUUGUUGACAUGGAACCUAAAGUAAUCAGCCAAACCUUAUCAAUGGCUGCCAGAUCUGGCUACUGGAAAUAUGAUGAUGGGUCACACUUCUGUCAGAAGCAAGGGUCUGGGAACAACUGGGCAAAUGGUUAUUCUGUUCACGGGCCUAGACACAAAGAAGUAAUAAUGAAUCUGGUGCAAAAAGAAGCAGAGAAAUGUGAUCGACUCAGUGGAUUUUUCACAAUCAUGAGCAUGGCUGGUGGUACAGGGUCUGGCUUGGGAGCAUUUGUGACCCAGUGUUUAAGAGAUGCUUUUCCAACCUCAUUUCUGCUAAACCAUGUUAUCUGGCCCUACGGCACUGGUGAGGUUAUUGUUCAAAACUACAACUCUGUUUUGACUCUGUCACAUCUGUACAAGUCAUCAGAUGCCCUUCUUGUUCAUGAGAAUGAUGUUGUCCACAAGAUCUGUGCUCAGCUGAUGAACAUUAAACAUAUCUCCUUCAGGGAUAUAAAUCAAGUCAUUGCACAUCAACUGGGGAGUGUUUUCCAGCCCACUUACACAGCAGAAGGUGGCUUGCACUACAGCAGAAACCCAUUAGGAGACUUAAUGGAGACAUUAGUUCCACAUCCUGAAUUCAAGAUGCUGGGUCUUCGUAACAUACCUCAGAUGCCUGAAAAUUCCCUCGCUUAUAGCACAUUCAGUUGGCCCGGACUCAUCAAACAUUUAAGGCAGAUGCUCAUUGCUAAUGCUAAAAUGGAGGAAGGUAUUGAUUGGCAAGUACGACCCCCACGUCUGGGCUCCUCCAUCCCCUCCAGCCAUUCUGCAAACAAGACACUUCAUUUCAAUACUUCCAUUGCCAACCUGGUUAUCCUGCGAGGAAAAGAUAUGCAGAGUGUAGACUUAGGAAGUUUCCAAGAUCCCUCAUUAUAUACAUCAUGGCUAAAGCCCAAGGAUGCUUUUCAUUCGUGGAAAACACUAAGAGCAUUUAACAAGUAUGAAAAGUCGGCUUCUUUGGUCAGCAACACAUUUUUGCUGAAACCUCUUGACAAUGCUGUAGGAAAAGCUUGGAAUAUGUUUGCUUCCAAAGCCUAUAUUCACCAGUACACUAAAUUCGGAAUUGAAGAGGAAGAUUUCCUGGACAGCUUCACAGCUCUGGAACAAGUUAUCUCCAGUUACACCAGCCUUUGA